GAAAAGGACACACUCUCAGAUGCAAAGUUUGACCCGGCAACACAGAUCUGCUGUCAACAAUCAGGAGUCCAUGAAAGAUUUCAUCAAGGCAAGGAAAUGGACUGUUGUGGGGGAAAGGAAACAGAUUAUAUAUAACAAGUUCUUUUAAAAAUGAGUUUCACAGAAGGAAUUUUUCUACUUAUCGUGAUGAACUGCGUAACGGAAGCAGGUAGUGAAUAUUGCUCCUGGUCCAAUCAAACGCUCAGCUUUGUCACUUCUUGUCCAGAAACGAAGACUGGUGUGGCAAAAAGGGCAGCCCUGAAAAAUUGUGAAUCAUUGGCUUUUAUUCAGAACUGCACCGAGCCUACUAAAUAUAAGUAUCACUGCGUAAUGAACGAAUUUCAGAACGCUUUAGUGGAAGUAUGUGCACCAUCAUCUUACAUACUAGGAUUUUGCACAGAGUACAAUACAUAUGGGGCUGUGAUACAGUCAAAUUACCGCUUAAAGUGCAGCAACAUAGAUCCACCAUGUGCAGACCGUUAUUUGUCUUCAGAUGCUUAUCAUUACAAAGGCUGCUAUGACAUCGUGAAAAAUCAUAUUAAAAAAGAAGUCUCUGACUUACAGCCACAGCCUCACCACUUACAGAACACGUCUGAAGGACAAUUUAAUCCGAUAGAAUCAAGUGACAGGAACUACGUUAUCAUCAUUGGUAUAUGUUCAGCGUUUCUAAUCACAACUUUCACUAUUGGUUGAGUAUUACUGAGGAUGUGUACAAAGAGAAAAUUUGAGCUGCUAAACUGGAGAGAAAUAUAAGAAAAGUUAUUUAAAUUUAUAGAGUAAUUGAAAAUUCAAUACUGUAAACCAAGCUUUAUUUGCGACGACUUUAUUUCGCGACUUACUUCCUAAGAACUGGUUUGCGACAACUAAUGUUCGCGAACGAGCCUUCUCCAGACCCGUCUUGUUAUAACAACUAUGUGACAUUGACUGGUUUGUGGCGAGAAAUAUUCGAGAGACGAUAUUCUCGCGAGGCUCGCAAAAAUUUCUCGCACGCGAAUAAAAAUUGGUUUUCAGUAUAUGUUAAAAUAGAAGCAUUGUCUAUAUCUAUGGUUGAUAGUUUCUGAUAGUUUCUGGUUAUGCAUACUCUUUAACACAUAUGCAUAGGAUUUAGGGAUGUAUUUGAUUUAAUGGAAGUUGCAUUCCGCCAAAAACGCUGUGAUACGUUUACUCAUGAAAAAAAAACUGUUGCUAAAUGAAUUUUAAAAGCCUUUUUUUUUAAUUGAUAGUGAGACCUGUAAACUUUUUUGUGUAUCAAUCAUGAAAUUUUAUCAAUAAAACACUCUCAGUGAUAGAUUUCUGGAGUUAAUCCAUUUAAUUUUACCUUAGCAUGCAUCUGUUCUUUGACGUAAAUAAGUCACAUUGCUGAUGGUGAUUUGGUCAAUAUUUUUACAAUAUUGAAAAAAAACUUAUUUAAACUUAAUACAUGUAUGUCUGGAUGUGAGGCGAAGAUUGUUCUGGAUAAAAGGACAAGGAUUCAUUAUAAUUUCAUUACUGACCCUUAGGUAACCAAAAAAAAAAUUGUGCUAAACAUUGGACACUAGUACAUAAUUGUGAAAUAUUAGACCAUCGCAUUCCAAAUGUUUGAACAGAAAUUCGACUGUCACAGUAUUUAUCAAAAAAUGAAAUGUUUGUAGAUUUCUAA